AUGGGUGAAAGCGCUAAGUCCCUGGAAGCGACAGAGGAUCCUAGUGUGAAUGCGGAUGGUAAUACAGUCAGAUUCAAGGACAUUCACAUGUCCCCAAGCAAGGGUAAUGGAGUAGCAGGAGAGUUGGAGUUUGAGGAGGAGGAAGGAUUAAGUGAUGAUUCACUAGGACUGUCGGCAGAAGUAGGGGAGACAGAAAUGGUUAAGGUGAUUCCGAAGACUAUGAAUUUCUCUUGUUUUCUUGUUAAUGUCUAUGGGCUGACUUUGGCUAUAGAGAAGUGUAAAUUAUGGGAGGAUGUCUCCAAGCACCUAGAGGAAGUGAGGCCUUUUUUAGUCAUUGUUGCUGGAGAUUUCAAUGCCACCCUCUCUUCCUCUAAGAAGCAUGGAGGGGUGAGGAGGUUGAGCCAGUCGCAAUUGGAUUUCCAAUCCUUUGUUACCGAGAACGCUCUUUUAGAAGUGGUUGCUAAAGGAGGGGAUUUCACUUGGACUAAUAGGCGUAGAGGUUUUUCCAAUAUUGUUGAGAAAUUGGAUAGAUUAUUCCUCGUAGGAGAUCGGAGCAUUGCCCCUAUUGUUUUUGAGGUUGAGGUGGAAAAGAUGUGGCUUAGGGAACCGAGUUUUAAAGAGCUUGUAGUGGGGUGGUGGAAAGAGGCCCUAGUGGUGGAAGGGUUCCUGGCCUAUCAAUUUUUCAAAAAGCUUAGUUAUGUGAAGCAGAAAUUAAAAUCUUGGAAUAGGGAGGUGUUUGGUAAUAUUUUUGAUGAAAAGAGAAGACUUGAAGGUGAUCUGGGGGCCUUGAAUGCUAAAGUCAUGGCAGAAGGAAUGGAUGAAGUGGACUUCCUGACGGAGAAAGAUCUUCUUAGUAGGUAUGGAGAAGUUUUGCAAAGGGAGGAGAUCUAUUGGAAACAUAAGUUGUGUGUUAACUGGCUAAAAGCGGGUGACAGAAAUACGAAAUUCUUUCAUAGUUCGGUGAAGGCGAGGUGA